UUGACAAGCACAAGAGGUGGUUGGUUGUUCAACUGGUUAGUGGUUAUCAUGUGUGAAAUUUAAUCAUUCUUUUGUCAAAGCUUGACAAUCAGACUUUGCACUCCGCAUUUUUACAACUUGUGUAAAAGCUUUGUUGAAGUAUUAGUCACUGGAUAUGGAAUUACGAUGGAGUUUUUUGGCUGGGAUAUUUUCGUACUUUUAAUUUCCUUGAUUUCAGCCACAAUAGUUGGAAUUUAUAUUUUUCUUACAACUUUCCUUUGUUUCAGACUUGAUUGCAUUGAAGCUGUUGCUGUUCAUGAUAUCAUUAAAGUUUUAAAAAGGGUUUGUCCAGUUGAUUUUGGAAACAAAUGGAAACUACUUCCUCUCAAUGCAGGCUCAUCUCGCUGUUGGACCAAAAAGGCUCAGUUUCCUGGUUUCCAGAAUAAUGUUACAUUGUAUGGUACUGCCUGUGCUGCUGCUUGUUCAUCUGUGUAUGCCUUUUCUUUGAUUGCGGACGUUACCAAAUGGGGUGAAUGGGAGCCUCUUCCAUCAGCACAGUGCCUUCUUUUGAAGCCUUUCUGUGAUAGCAAGCUCCAAAAAGAUGCUUUGAUGCAAGCAGAUCAAGUAGUAGGCAUUCAAAAGGGAGCAGAUAUACAAUCCUACAUAGCUAUGUACAGAUUUAUGAGUUUCACUGAAAAAACUGUGAAGUGGAUUUUAUUUUGGAAUGCCAAAAAAUUAGAAUUCAUGUUUUUCUUAAUUCAGCCUGCUGUCAGUAAAACUGUUGACAAUCAGUGUGUUAUAACUCAUAUUUUUGGUACAAAACCAUCAUCUUAUCAUCUGGCUACAACAAUUGCUCAAAGAAUGAGAAACAUUAAAGAUUUUCUACAUUUGUCUCAAAUUCACAUUGUAUCUUCAAAGUAUACAUCAGCAAUUCCUGCCAUUUCUACACGUUCUGUUAGUGGCAAACUUGGCCUGGAGUCCCAACCUUACAAAGUACCUGCAAAGACCACUGCUGAAGAGUUGCAAUAUGUUUUUAUGCUAGUCCCAGUUAUAUAUAAUCUAAAAGGUAUCUACAGCAGAUUAAAAGGCUUUAAAUUAAUUGUUAAGGAAAUAGAUGAUGAAUUAGUUUCAAAGAAGGAAAAGAAAAAGGGUCCUGUUGUCGCAGCCCACCCAGUACCAGCAGUUGAAGCAGAAGCACCCACAGAAACAUUGAAACGGUCUGUUUCUGAUGCUUGCAUUAAAUCCAAGAAGCAUGCAGAUUUUAGCAGUAGUUUGAAUCUGAAUAAACUUUCAUUUAAAGAAAAAAGUAGUAUCAUUGCCAAAGCAGCUGAUCCACGAAUAAACUCCGUCAUAGUUGAAGAAAAGUUUAAAAUUGAUUUGAAUUCUAAUGAAGAAACUGAAAUUACAAAUGCAUCAACUGAUAACAAAAAGGUCCGCAGUUAUUCUGAACCAGCUAGCUCAAAUAUUGAGAAGAGCAAAACUUCGUCUGACACUGAUACUCAUACAGAUGAAGAUGUGUAUGUAAACUUACAUAUAAUACAUGAGAGUGUUUCUCAAGAAAAUGUUUCUUCUAUGGAAAGUUGCAGUAGAAGUGAUUAUUUCUGCUCUUCUACAUCAGACUUCGAAUUGGUUGAUUCUAAACAGCAGUUUUUAGAUUGCAGACUUGCAGAUUUUUUAACUCAAGGCAAUUAUGCAGCAUCAGAAUUACAAUUUGAGAUGAUGCAGGCAUCACAUUUUGAUAAAUCCACUCCUGAGCAGCGUGGUUGUUGGGGUUAUCACUCAACAUACAAAGGCAUCACUGUGCUUUCAAAAACAACUGCUGGUCAGUUCAUGAAAGUUGAAAGUUAUUUAUGCCAAGUUGAAUUCCCCUAUAAUGCCGAAGAUAUUUGGAAAUGUGUGAAAAAUCCUAGAUUUCGUUUUAUUUAUGAUGAAACUGUGAAGACUGUGAAAAUUGUUGAAAGAAUUUCAGAGUCUCAAAAGCUGAUUCAUAUUUAUCAUGAAGCUAAUGCUUUUAUAAAAAAGGAAGGCACAGAUUUCUGUCUACUGCAAACAGAACGUAAAGAAGCAAAUCUUUUUUAUUCUUCAUUUCAUUCUAUAGAAUAUGAAAAAUGCCCAUUCAUGGAUGGUGUACUUAGAGGGACCCUUAAACCAAGUGGAUGGGUUGUAGAAAAUUUGGGAUCUCAUCAGUGUAAAGUUACUCAUUUGAUGCAGAUAAUAGUGAGCAGCUCAGACAACGUGUAUAUUAAUCAACUAAGUUCUGUUGUUCCUUUGGCCAUACAUAACUUAAAAAACUACCUUGCUUCAAAACCAUGCCGGAAAUGAAAGUCAUUUUAUUUGUAUUGUUAUACAGUAUUUGUUGAGUAGUAUUAUUGCUUUUGUACUUUUGUAACUAUUUUUAUAGCUGUCUGUUGACUUUGAUUAAAAUAUUUUUAUAAGUAGCUUGUUGAAGUGCAAUUGUUAUAUAUGUAUUGAAUUAAUAAAAAAACUUUUUUUUUU